UUAUUCGGUUGUAUACCAUCAUAAAGUUGCUCAUUCUCUUAUAAUUAUAUUGCGUUCAUAUUGCAUUGCGUCAACGGUACGAAAAAUGUACCGGCUCGAAGGUAUUCGUUCGAGAAAAAAUUUAUUCGAUUGUACGCCGGAUCAUCGAGCUCGUAUAAAUAGGUUGAUGCAGAGAGCACGAUCGGAUUAUUUUACAAACAGUUUGCCAGGCGUAGAUGAGCCUGCUCUUGAAAGCGAUUUAGGAUUUGCUUCGCUUCUUCCUGAAUUACAUGCUGAUCGUUAUGAUGAUGUGCAGCAGCAGCAGGAGCAGCAGCAGGCGGUGGCUAGGGCUCCUUCUAUAGUAUCGAACGAUUCUCGUUCUCUUUUCGAUGAUGUGAGAGAUGUUGAUUCUUCAUCUGAUCGUUUAUCAGAUUAUUCAUCCGUAGGAUUUGAGAACGUGGAGCAGUUCGAAGCUAAAUUACGUACACUAUUCACAGAGAAUAACAUCAACCAUCAGCAAGCUGGAACUAUUUUGCGACUCCUCAAAAGUCAUGCUUGUUUCACUGGGCUUCACGUGGAUCCUAGAACGAUAUUGCGCACGCCAGCUCAUUCGGCUUCUAUAAAGAAAGUAGCUGGAGGAGAAUAUUUGCACUUGGGCGUCCAGGAGGCCAUUUGCUCAAUUUUAUCGUCCACUCCUUUGCGUUUGCAUCCAGCUGGUGCUCUUGAAAUUGACUUCAGCACCGAUGAGGCAUCUCUCGAUAAAAAUGGAAAAAUAUUAAUGUGGCCGAUACAGAUCAGGGUGGCGAAUAUUUCCGGCAGUGCUCCACAAACAAUUGCUCCACACAAGAUGCUUCAUCGCUGACGCUCUUGCUCGCGCUUUUACUCUAGGACAUCGUAGCCAUAAUUCACGAGCUCCCUGCUCAAGGUGUUGGGUCAGGGGUGAACACGUUAGAGCUGGUGUUAUGGUUUACAGGGGGACAGAUCACAGACUUCGCACAGAUGAAGAGUAUCGUUCUAAAUUAGAUUUAGAUCAUCACAAAGAUGAAGAUUGCGCUCUCGCUAAUCUUCCAUUUGAUUUAGUUGGUAGCACGGUUUUCGAUUACAUGCACCAGGUAUGUAUCGGUGUAAUGGAAAAAAUUUUACAAGGAUUGAUCGACGGUAGAUUUGUUGCAUCAGCAAAAAUCGCUGAUAAGUGCAGUCUACGAAUUUUGGAUAAUAGACUGGAGCACGUGAAAAACUUUUGUCCGUCGGAUUUCGCUCGGAAGCCUGUCAAUAUUCUAAGGCAUGGCCAGUUUAAAGCCACCGAGUACCGUCAGAUUCUUCUCUACAGUGGUCCAGUAAUUUUUCGAGGACUUAUGAACCCUGCUAUGUACAAGCAUUUCAUUCUGCUUAGUACAGCAAUUCGAAUCCUCGCAAAUCCGGUUGUCUCUAUGGAGUCCAUUGAUUUUGCUGAAAAAUGUAUCAAAUUGUUCGUGGAGACUGCCUCGGAUAUAUACGGCAUUGAAUUACUUUCGUACAAUGUUCACACAUUGUUGCAUUUACCAGAUGACGUAAAACGGUAUGGUCCUUUGGAUAAUUUCUCCGCUUUUCUGUACGAGAAUAACAUGUCCUUUUGUCGGAAAUUAUGUCGUAAGAACGAUCAGCAUUUGCAGCAAAUUUCCAGGAAACUGGCUGAAAAUUGCCGUACUUCAUCCAAAAAAUUUGUCGAUCCAGGUCACUUAAGUUAUAUUUCCAAUCAUUUGAGAGGUCCUCUUAUUCCUGGUUGUGGAGAAUGCAUGCAGUACAAGAAGGUUGUAAAAGGCUCGACUCAUUUAUCAAUUAUAAAAAAAGAUAGUACGGUCAUGCUGGACGAUGGUUCGAUAGGCAUCAUAAGAAAUGUGAUCGAAUUAAAAGAUCAGGGAUGUCAUCUGGUAAUCAAUCUUUUUAGCAACAUUGAGGAUAUUUUUGAUCUUCCUUGUAGCUCCUCUUUGGUUGGAAUUUUUCGUUGUUCUAAUCUGAAUCGUCAAAUAACUAUUGUCAAACUCGAACGAGUGGUUGACAAGUGUUUCAGAAUGCCGUACUGGUCAGCUGACGAUCGCAUCUCUUCAACGUAUUGCACCGUAGUUAAAAUCCUAUCCGCUCGGUUAUAAAAUUUCCUUUUCUUUCAUUAUUCCAUAUUUUUCAUAAUAAUGUCAAUUACUUUUUUUCCAUUAUUAUCAUCCAUCAAUAUUUCAGAUGAAUUCGAAAAACUCCGGUUCUAUUUCUCCUCGCAAAGCUGCUGCGAAUUUGAAUAGAAGUAUGCAGUCCCUCAAAGAAGGCUUUAAACCUGCACCUUCUUCAAAAGGUCAACGCUACAAGUCGACAGCUCAACCGAGCAAUUAUCAAUCCCAGUCAUUGAUCUCCAAGACGCCUGGACCGUACCGACCACGACCAGCAGUAGCAGCACGACCAACAGCACCAGCACGACCAUCAUCGACAUCUCAAUCUUUCACGCAAUUUCAACCGCGUGCAACGUCGACACAGAAGUCGAUCAACGCAGCACCAACAUCUCUGCCGCGUGUACAGCCACCUAAUCCAGGAUCAUCGUACUCACGGCUGGCCGAUGAAGCAUCAACGUCUCGUGAUCAGAGCCGCGGCCAAUCAUUAGCGAGACAAAAUGUAGUGGUGCAGCAGGAUUCUGUGGCGAUCCAACAACUCAACAGCAAAAUCGAGUAAGAUUCGAUAUCAUUAUUUACCGCUGUA